AUGGCGACCUACUCCUGCGGAGCUCGGAUCGAGUGGAAGCAAACCAUGGCUGGCGGAGCCCUGUCUCUCGCCGAGGCGAAGCAACUCGUCGCGGAGAAGCAGUUUGUCGCCGACGAGAUCCCUGUCCCGACUGGGGCCAACGCCGAUCCUGCGACGGACGAGCCGUAUUGGGUGAGCGAGACGCUCUGCGGCCAGGAGCGGCCGCCGGCGUGCUCCGCGCCCCCACCUCCCGUCGGCCGCUGCGGCGUCAGCUCUUGCACGGCCACCGUUCUCGCCACCACACCGACGGAGAGCGCCACCUGUGGCGGUCGCAUUGCUUGGGUGGAGGACGUCGAGGGGAAAUCUGAGCCGUCCGCAUGUCAGCAAGUGGCGGAGGAAUUCCCAGAGGUCUGCGGCGGCUGCGCACCUUUCGGCCUGCCCCCGCUGCCGCCGUCGCCGCCUCCUGGGCUUGCGGUCCUCAUGAUGGGCAACUCGUACACGUACUACAAUGGCGGCGUCAAUGGCGUGCUACUUCAACUCCUCGCCGCCCUCGGCGACUCGCCCCGCGUGCAGGCGUUGACAAAGGGGGGCUCGAGUCUCAACUACCACUGGCAGGAGGUGUCUUCCCCGAGCUCCGGCCACCAUGUGGCCCUGGCCAGUGGUUUUGACUUUGUGGUCCUGCAGGAUCGGUCUGACAUCCCGAGCAGGUGCUGCUACACGGAUCAAGACGAAGACUUUGAGGCGUCGACCAGGGCGCUCGUUCAGCUCGACGCCGCGAUCAAGGAGGCGGGAGCAACGACGGUCCUCUACCAGACAUGGGGCCGCCGCGGCAGCCUCAACCGUCCUCCACACUUCCAGUCUUUUUUGCCAAUGAAUGACGCCGUGGAGGAGGGGUACAGGCGGUACGCGUCGCUCAUAACGACCGACGGCCGCGCGCCAAUCAUUGCACCCGUGGGGUCGGCCUUUGAGCUCGUGUAUGGCGCCGACCGCGAUCUGUGGGCCAAGGCUGCGGAGGCGUUGGCCUCAGUGUAG